GGAAGUCUCUAGGUUCUGCUCGCCUGAGUUAGAAUACCUCAUGAUGAACUUCAGACCAUACUAUUUACCAAGAGAGUUAUCUAUAUAUUUCGUUGCUGUCUAUUUACCACCACAAACCAAUGCUGUCACUAAGACUGCACUCAUGUAUGUACCAAAUGUAUAGGGCCAUAAGGAAACAAGACAAUGCACAUCCAGAGGCGGCGCUCCUAGUAGCUAGUGAUUCCAAUGCAGGGAAAUUGAAAUUCGUCUUACCUAAUUUUUACCAGCAUGUCACCUGUGCAACUACAGGUGAAAUGCAUACAAAGCUCUUCUCGCCCUCCAUUAGGCAAAUCUGACCAUAACUCUAUCCUCCUGAUUCCUGCUUACAAGCACAAACUCAAACAGGAAGUACCAGUGACGCGCUCAAUACGGAAGUGGUCCGAUGAAGCGGAUGCUAAGCUACAGGAGUGUUUCGCUAGCACAGACUGGAAUAUGUUCCGGGAUUCAUUCGAUAACAUUGAGGCGUUUACCACAUCAGUCACCGGCUUCAAUAAUAAGCGCUUCGGCGACGUUGUCCCCACAGUGAUCGUACGUAUAUAUCCCUAAACUAUCACGGAUUACAAAAGGGAAACCCAACCACGAGCUGCCGAUUGACGCGAGCCUACCAGACGAGCUAAAUUCCUUCUAAGGUCGCAACACUGAACCAUGCAUGAGAACAGAUGGAUUACCAGGACGUAUACUCAGAGCAUGCGCUGACCAGCUGGCAAGUGUGUUCACUGACAUUUUCAACCUCUCCCUGACCCAGUCUGUAAUAGCUACAUAUUUCAAGCAGACCACCACAGUCCCUGUGCCCAAGAACACCAAGGUAACCUGUCUAAAUGACUAUCACCCCGUAGCACUCACAUCUGUAGCCAUUAAAUGCUUUGAAAGGCUGGUCAGGGCUCACAUUAACGGCAUCAUCCCAAACACCCUGGAACCAGUCCAAUUUGCAUACCGCCCCAACAGAUCCACAUAUGACACAAUCUAUAUUGCAAUUUACACUGCCGUCUCCCACCUGGACAAGAGGAACACCUACGUGGGAAUGCUGUUCAUUGACUACAGCUCAGCUUUGAACACCAUAGAACCCUCAAAGCUCAUCACUAAGCUCAGGACCCUAGGACUGAACACCGCCCUCUACAAUUGGAUCCUGGACUUCCUGACGAGCCGUCCCCUGGUGGUGAGGGGGCCCCUCCGGCUCCCUAUGCAGACUCAUACUCCGUAUUUGGAGGACUGGACACCAACCUGGGGGCCCAGUCCCACAAGAACCUCAUGCAGCUCCUACACCAUUCAGUCCUGAAAAUGGAUGGGGGCGCGCCCUGACUGCUACAUGGAUAAACCUAGGGAGUUCCACCAAUCACUGUUAGACUUUCUCAGCAAACUGGAGUGAGUGGAGAAGAAAGAUUGUGGGAAAGAAGAGCGACACAGGGUUGUGUUUGCGUGGAAGCGGAGGAGUGUUAUUCAAUUCAGAUAAGGGAAAGUAUUCCUCUGGGACAAUAGGGCAAAGGCUGCUUUGAUAUGAUAAAUUACCCCCCCUAGUCACCCCGGUGGAAUUGCUUCCAUUACGAUGCUUUUGUUAACAUCCCGUUCAAUAGAAAGCAACUCUAAAAUAAGUUUGCUCUUUAAAGGCAAGGAGAACCCUUGAAUAGGUUUGAGUUGAGCAUCUAGUACAGUAUAUGCACAUUCAAAGUAUUUAUUGUUCUACAGGCACCAUUAUUGGUUCCAUGAUUUUUUUUAAAUCAGUUGACAUGAUGAUAAAGAGGUUAAAAGAGAGCUAGGGAGAUAGUACCAGGGUCGUAUUCAUAAGUGCACACCAUAGCAAAAUGUUUUGCAUCAGAAAACUAAAACAAGUGUGGGCCCUGUGUGAUCAUUCCAAUUAAGGUGCUGUAUCUGCUAAAUCUGUGGAAAGCUGUUUCAACCAGAAAAGUAAACUCGUUCCAUUUUUUUGUUAUGACAAUGACUACUACUUAUUUUAUAAUGAACUUGUACAUAAUAGGUGAUUUUGUUUUUCAUUGGACAACAAAUAAAAGCCUCAAAAGUUAA